GGCAGACAGUGAGAAAGAGAGAACGAGAGAAAGAGAAGUAGAGAAAGAAAGGAAGAUGGGGAGGAGUCCUUGUUGCUCCAAAGAAGGACUCAACAGAGGAGCCUGGACUGCAUUGGAAGACAAAAUACUUACAGCAUACAUUAAGGCUCAUGGAGAAGGCAAGUGGAGAAAUCUCCCCAAGAGAGCUGGUUUGAAGAGGUGUGGCAAGAGUUGUAGACUUAGAUGGCUAAAUUAUCUUCGACCAGAUAUCAAAAGAGGCAAUAUCUCCCAUGACGAAGAGGAGCUCAUAAUCAGACUCCAUAAUCUUCUUGGCAACAGAUGGUCUUUAAUAGCUGGAAGGCUACCUGGGCGAACAGACAAUGAAAUCAAAAACUACUGGAACACCACUUUGGGAAAGAGAGCCAAAGCUCAAGCAUCCUCGCCAACAUCCACAGAAACUCCCCCGAGCAAAUCUAGACAUAAAAAGCUAACAACUGAGCCCCAAGUCACCAAGCCCUCAAAUUCACCACAGGCUACAGAAACCAAAAUCCAAGUGAUCCGGACCAAAGCCACUAGGUGCAGCAGCAAAGUCUUGAUCCCAUUACAGCCACCACCAAUUCAAGAUAUUGACCCAUCUGAGCAUCAAGAUUUUCAACCUUAUUUGACAAAUCAUGAAGAAAUAAAUAACAAUGCGAGUGUUCAAAGCCACCACGGAACCGAAUCGCUUGAUGCGUUGUAUAGUCAUGGCCAGGAUUUCUUGAACUUUGAAAUCAAUGAUCAGCUGAGAGCAAGCAAUGAAGACUCUGAGGAGAAUGACAUCAACAAGAAUCCAUCCCUGGAUCCUGUGCAACCCCUUGCGUUUGAUGAAGCGAUGUUCAAGGAUUGGACCACAAAUCCUUGUCUUGAUGACAAUGCCGCCAUGGAUUUAGACUCUUUAGCAUUUUUGCUUGAACCAGACGAAUGGCCUUGAUAGGAGAAUCGCUGCUGCAGUUCCAACACAGCAAAAAAAAAAAAGGAAACAUGUGAAUAAAACAACGGGCCUGUAUGUUUCUCUCAUAAGUACUGUUACUUUGCCAGUUGCAACUUGCAUGUCAUGGGCAACCAUACUGUAAAUUUUAGUAACUUAAAUUUUGGAAGUUGAAAACAACUCAUCAACGAGUCUGUAUGCUAACCUAGUAUCUUUCUCAUCAUUUGAUUCAAGUUCCUCAUUAACUUAUCAUGUAAUCAUAGUGCAUAUGAAGA